CAGAAUCGAUGCCGAUGCACGGACGCUUAGAGCUCUUAGCAUUGAUCAUCCAGGUGAUAAACUUUUUACUCAGAGACGGAUGUUUUCAUUAUCGGUGACUUUGUUUUUAGAAAGUAUUUCCCGAGACAGUUACACGACACACUGUAGAACUGCAACUUGUAAUCUGUAUCUGGUCGCUGCUGGUGUCUGGAUUGCAGUUAUCAGGGUGUGAGUCACGCUCCACGAUUACACUGGGUUUGCUGGGGUCCUACUGUACAGCGUCCCUUGGUGACUUUACAUGUACAUCUACCUGUCCUCGACGUAGACCUGGCGUUCAAACACUAAGCGUGUCUGCGGUGACCUGUUGUAACUGUGACUACUGCAGAUACAGCAUUGGGUUUUGGUUUUAAACAACAAGAGAUUGUUCGUGGCACAUUUGUAUCAACCCUGUACCAUAGUAGAUUAAGAUGACAGAGAGGGAGAUGUUAGCGGAGGACGUGUCCUUGGACUUAACAGAAUUUUUGAAACGUCACCCGCGCCUCCAAAAGAAACUGAGUUUCCAGGAGCAGACGACACUGGUGGAUUUCGUGCGCCAGAAAGCGGUGGAAGUCUCAGAACACCUGGAGUUGAAGAUCCGGGUUUUACAAAGAGAAAUCGACCGACUGAAAGACCUUAACGAAGAACAGGAAGAAUUCUUCCAGAGCAAAGAGAAAAUCUACCAUACAGAAAUGGACAGACGCAUGCACAUUCUGGAAUCUCUGAAAAAGAAAAAAGAAAAGGCGCAAAAUGGCAGCACCGCGAGUGUCCUAGAUAUUGAAGGUGAAAACCAGAAACUGAGAGCAGAAAUAAAGGAGAUGGCGUUGCGGAUGGCAGAUAUUGACAGCAAGUGGAAAACUGCCAUCAAGGACAAACAGCGAAUCGAAGAACAGAAAAAGCAACUGGAGAUCUAUUAUACUAGACGAGAAUUGGUCAUGCGCGAGGAAGUGGAGAAAACGAUAUCUAGGUCCACCAUGAUAGAGAAGCAGAGAGUGGAGGCGGCUCCUGAUCACGUGCUCAAGAAGUCACACGACGAGGAGAUGGAACAGCUGGUCAACGAAAUCUCGCGACAAAAGCGCGAAAUGUUGGAAAAAGACUUGGCGCUGAAAACUGGGCAGAUGGAAAUCAAAUUUUUGCAGAAACUCCUCGCUUCAGUAGAAAAAGUACAUAACAGUCUUCCCGUUCAGGCAAAAGAAUUUCUCAGCGGAUCCAAAGUAUCAUCCCCUCACAAACACAUACACGCCCAUCUGGGCGCUGCGGAUCUGAAGAAAAUCAGGGAAGAUCUCUUCCAGCGUGAUAAAGAGUUGUCAGAUAUAUUGAAAAAAUGCAAAGUACAAGGGAUCGAUCAGAAAACAAAUGAUAAUGGAAAAGCAACGUUACCUACAGAUAAAGCGUCUAAAUAAUGCAAAUGGUUCAUGACAUCUGUAAAAUACCUGUACAAAAGAAUAUUGUUUAUUUUCUUAAGUACAGACUGAGUCAAAAUGCGGACUAACUAAUUCAUUCUCCAAUUUCUGUAUGUGCCUGAAUACUGCUUCUUAACUUAUUUUUAGGCGGCCCUGAAGUUUACCGCGUCAGUUACAAAUGUUACGCAGUUCUGUUAACUACGUCACAUGUCAUUCUGCGAUACGAAAAAAAAAACAAAAAAAAAAAAAAAAAAAACGAGCGUUUGCGCUCGAAACAUUAAUCUUCAGCCAAACUUGUCGUUGACAGCAUGCGACGCAUAUAGAGAUUUGUUAACGAAGAAAUUGGAACUCGGCAGACUUGAGGUACAGGGUUGCUUUCUGAGGCGUAGUCUAGUAUACAUGUACCUAUAUCUUCAGUGUUAAGAUGAGAUAUUGAGACAUGUACGGAGGAGUAGCGCAGUCUACUCCGACAUGACAUGUAGUUGGGUACAAAAGACACAGACACCUCUUUCUAUCAAUGCAAGUGUGGACUGAAGCCACAAACUCUCCUACGGUCAUUAUUACAUACACCCACUGUAUAUAUAAGGGAUAUGAUUGAUUGAUUAAACAUGCAUGCGUAGCAAAAGUGGUAAUGGUUUUCAAGAUACUCCACGAGAAUCAAAUAUCAUUUUGUUUAGGAUUAAAACGUGUCUCAUUCUGUGAGAUGGAGUAAUGACCAUCUAUAGCACUUCAAACUACAUCACACCUUAUAACUUAAUGCAUUCAUCGUUUUACAGAUAUGUUCUAAAGUGGUGUUAUAAUAACAUUUAUAUAUCAU